UACGGGUGUUGGUUUUAAAUUAUUGGGAACUAAUAAGACAGUUAAGAGACACCAUGAGAAUCGAAGCACCAGAAUCGUUUUGGUUGAAUAAGACUGUCUACAGCAAUGCUGAGAGGUUAUACUACGAGGAAUGUAGUCAGAUAAUCGAGCGGGUUCCCGCUGUCCGCACUAAAAAGAUCAAAAAGAAGAUCAAGGCGAUGGCGGCAAGACAGAAUCCACAAAAUUUACUUUACUUAAAUCCCCUCACGCUGGAGGCGAAUUUCUUUUUGGAAACCCUGGAGCAGGUGAGCCUCAACAGCGAAGUCGAAUUGGAUCACGAAUUGGCCACGCUGCUUGAGCGCAUUAUGGUAGGCAUCGAAAGGUAUAUGGACCGGAAACCCACCUAUAUAUUGCCCGCCAACGGACCCGGUGAAGGUGUGGCCUUUGUGCCGCGGAAGGAUUUGCUUAAAAUCAAACGCACAUUCAACUGCAUCGCAUGUGCAAACCAAAUGGUUGGAACAAACAUUUCCAAGGUUGUGGCGCAUUUGUCCGAAAAGCACUACCAGAAUCCCAAUAACGUAGUGGUUGCAGCUCAGGGGAAGCAGGAUAGGAUACAAACUAAGGUGGCACCACGCGGUCGAUUGAUGGAAGUUCUGCCCAAAAAAGCCAAAACCUUGGUUACUUCCGAUCUCACAAAAAUUUUCAAGGAAAGGUAUGGGGUUGCCGACAAGCUGAAAGUGAUAACCGAAUACGAUGCCAUCGAGGAGGAUCUAAUAGGCGUGCUGACGCCAGUGUUUCCCAAUUGGGCGAUGCGCAUUUACAAGUUCGGUUCACGCAUAUCCGGCAUUGGCACACGCUGUUCCGAUCUGGAUGUUUUUGUGGAUAUUGGCAACACAUUCGACAUAUUUGAGCACCGCGCCUCCAAGGAAACGUUGGCCAAGCUGCGGGCUAUGCGUCCAGCCUUUUGUGCCAGCAACAAGUGGCGCAUCAUCAAUGUCAUCGAGCAGGCACGCGUUCCCAUCAUCAAAGUCUCCCAUCUGACCACCGGCAUAGAGUGUGAUAUAUGCCUGAAUAGCCUGGGCUUCUGCAACACCAACUUGUUGAAGUACAUAUUCGAUAUACAGCCGCUGGCUCAAUACAUGUGCAUCUAUGCGAAAAACUGGCUGGAACGCUGCAAACAGACGGACAUAUCCACAUACAGCAUUACACUGAUGGUGAUUUAUUUCAUGCAGCUGCACGGCCUUUUGCCCUCAGUUUUUGCCUUGCAGCAUGAACAGCCGUUCAAUCAGUUCGUUGGACCUUGGAUUGUGAACUUUGGACAGAAAUCUCUUCAGGAUCUGCGCCUUCCGGAAGCCGAUACGGAUGCGCCCGCAGUUCGAAACAUUUUGGGCCAAUUCUUUGCCUUCUAUUCAAAAUUCGAUUACGAGAGAUUUUUGGUGUGUCCAUAUUUUGGUAGCGCUGAAGUCCAAAUUCAGCACGUUGAGAAGUUAAUGCCAAAUCGUUAUAGCAAAUACACCAGAGAGAAUCCCGAGUGUACAUUGCAGUUGCGAAAGCCAAUGGUGGUCCAGGAUCCCAUACAGCUGAAUCAUAACGUAACGAAGGCGGUAACCCGAUCUGCACUGAAGGUGUUUAUAGAUUAUUGCGCUCAGACGGCGUCUCUUAUGGGUGAGCCAUCAACCAACUGGCGACAGCGCACAUAAAUACAGAAUAUGAAACGAACCCUCCGCCCCCAUUCUGACGGCAGAAUCGCGGUUUUCUUUGCUUUCGACUUGGUGUUUAUAAGAGUUUCUUAUUGUAAAUAAAAUGGAUUUUGCAACGCUCGCAUCGUUGGACAAUCCAACCGUUCGCAACAACAAGAAAACGAAAAAAAAA